AUAGGAGAUACAACUGACCAAGAAGGAGAAACAGUCCUCAACUCUCCUGCAAACAGGCAACAGGGACACCUCAGCAGAUGAGACCAAGCUAAAAGCUCUGCACUCCAGGCAAACUACUGAAGCCCCCACUUAAAUCUUUCUUUCCAGACUUCCUGUCACCUUUUCCCCUCAGUCUAUCAGCUCACGCUCUCUCCAGAACCUUCACCAUGCCUCCUCAGAUCCCGUCCCAGAACCAGAGUGGUCCCAGGAUCCUACAGGGUGAUCUCAGUGCCCUCAGUCCAGCUGUAAGGGAGUUUUUGGAGACCAAUAUGACCCUGUGCCAGCCAGAGUCCAUUCACAUCUGUGAUGGCUCAGACGAGGAGAACCUUGCCAUCCUGACCCAGCUGGAGGAACAGGGGAUGAUCAAGAAGCUCACCAAAUAUGAGAACUGCUGGUUGGCCAGAACUGACCCGAGGGAUGUGGCUCGUGUGGAGAGUAAGACAGUUAUUGUUACCCAGGAACAGAAGGACACAGUGCCCACUCCACUAGGAGGUGGAAUCAGCCAGCUGGGCCGCUGGAUGCCCCCAGAAGAGUUCGACAAAGCCAUGGCUCAGCGGUUCCCCGGCUGCAUGAGAGGUAGGACCAUGUACGUGAUUCCCUUCAGCAUGGGUCCAAUAGGUUCCCCUCUCUCUAAGAUUGGAGUACAGCUGACAGACUCUCCCUACGUGGUGGCCAGUAUGAGGGUGAUGACUCGUAUGGGGAAAGCUGUUCUGACCGCCCUGGGGACUGGAGAAUUUGUCCGCUGUCUGCACUCUGUCGGCUGUCCUCUGCCACUCAAAAAGCCUCUGGUGAAUAACUGGCCCUGCAACCCUGAGCUGACACUAGUCGCUCACAUCCCAGACCGCCGACAAAUUAUCUCAUUUGGAAGUGGUUACGGAGGAAACUCCCUGCUGGGAAAGAAGUGUUUCGCCCUUCGCAUUGCCUCACGCAUUGCUAAAGAGGAAGGCUGGCUGGCCGAACAUAUGCUGAUCCUGGGCAUCACCAACCCUGCUGGAGAGAAGAAGUACAUGGCAGCAGCCUUCCCCAGCGCCUGUGGAAAAACAAACCUGGCCAUGCUCUGCCCCACGCUGCCUGGUUGGAAGGUUGAAUGUGUGGGAGAUGACAUUGCAUGGAUGAAGUUUGAUGACCAAGGAAACCUCAGAGCCAUUAACCCAGAGAAUGGCUUUUUUGGCGUUGCACCCGGCACCUCAGCCAAGACCAACCCCAAUGCAAUGGCAACAAUCAUCAAGAAUACCAUAUUCACAAAUGUUGCAGAGACAAGUGACGGUGGUGUGUACUGGGAGGGAAUGGACCAGUCACUGCCCGAGGGAGUUACCAUCACAUCCUGGAAGAACAAACCUUGGCGCUCAGAAGAUGGCGAGCCCUGUGCUCAUCCCAACUCUCGUUUUUGCACUCCGGCAAGACAGUGUCCCAUUAUUGACCCACAGUGGGAGUCUCCAGAGGGAGUGCCAAUAGAGGCCAUCAUUUUUGGUGGGCGUAGACCAGAAGGUGUUCCCCUUGUGUAUGAAGCUUUUGACUGGCAGCAUGGUGUGUUUGUUGGCGCUGCCAUGAGGUCGGAGGCCACUGCUGCAGCCGAACACAAAGGCAAAGUAAUAAUGCAUGACCCCUUCGCUAUGCGCCCCUUCUUUGGCUACAACUUUGGCCAGUAUCUCUCUCACUGGCUGAGCAUGGCUGAUCGCCCCGGUGCCAAGCUUCCUAAGAUCUUCCAUGUCAACUGGUUCCGCAAGAGCCCCACUGCCGGCUUUCUUUGGCCCGGGUUUGGUGAAAAUAUCCGCGUUCUGGACUGGAUGUUCAGACGGGUGAAUGGCGAGGAGGGCGCCAUGCCAUCAGCAGUGGGCUACCUGCCUUGUAGAGACUCCCUAAAUCUCCAGGGCCUUCAGGGACAUGUGGACCUGGAUGAGCUGUUCUCCCUGGAUCAGGAAUUCUGGCAGAGGGAGGUGGAUGAGAUCAGGAAAUACUUCACCACACAGGUGAACGCUGACCUGCCCAAUGAGGUAGCCCAGCAACUGGCUCUCCUGCAGCAGAGGGUGAAGCAAAUGUGAAGAGGAAAAAGCCACAUGUUAGCAGCUGUAAACAAUUGUAGGGUUAAUUCUCCAGACUAUUUGUCUGUAAUUCCAAACUACAAUGUUGGCAAUAAUAGAAUGACAUGUAAGACAUUCUGGAAAUUAAAUUAAGUAACUGGGAAACAGCAUCUUAAAAUUAUAGAACAUAGUAUGAAUAGCUAGAUUAUCUC